CUCCUUCUCUCAUCUAAGUACAUCUCGCUGGUCAAGAGACGACGAGUUGAUGCCAUAAAUAGAACUCUUCAGAGUUGGAUAUUUAUUAUUUCAUAGUGGUCAGCUCUCUGUUUCUUGGUGAUGGACUAUUAUCUCCCCGACGUCGCCCCGAGCCGCCUCUCCAUGAAUGCCGCAUCGAUUCUCGCGGGCAGUCUGCCUCGUCCCGUCCACAGCCCCUCAUCGACGACAUCGUCUCCACCGGCGACUCCGACUUCUUCCUCCUCGUCAGCCAAGUUGGGGUUCUCUGCCUCGCACAUCUCCCCGGCCAUGGCGGCCUAUUACAACCCCUACACUGGCUGCCCGAUGACGGGAAUGACUUCCCCAUCGUUUACCAUCGAUAAUAUUUUGGCGCCUCGUCCCUACCCGGCCAUGCCCGGUCCGCGACACGCUCCCUAUCUACCGCUCGCCCCUCAUCCUCACUUCCCGCUGCUCCAUCCUGAGUAUCACUUAGCUGCCUACCAUGCCUACACGGCCUACCCUCAUAUGGACCUACUAGCCCGCAACCAGAAGAGGAAGAGGCGACAUCGCACCAUCUUCACCGAGGAGCAAUUGGAACAACUCGAGGCGACGUUCGAGAAGACACACUACCCCGACGUCAUGCUCAGGGAAGAACUUGCCAUCAAGGUCGACCUCAAAGAGGAACGAGUUGAGGUUUGGUUCAAGAACCGCCGAGCUAAGUGGAGGAAGCAGAAACGGGAGCAACAAGAGGCUGCCAAGCGGGCUUCCGAAGCAUAUAAAACCGAGUACGGGUCCAAACCAGACAAGACCUCUAUCACCACCACCACCACUCGCCCAUCAUCGCAACCUGCCAACGAAUCCUCGCACCCGCCAUCACUGAACGAAGACAGUCGGUUCGCUACGGGACGCUGCGACGGAGAGUCCGCACACAGACGGGGAAGCGUGAACCCCUUUAUGAGGCAAACGUCCGAGUACUCUGCGGACGAUGAAUCGGAUUCGGAAGGGUUAGACAUGGAUUCCCCAUCGGGUAGCGCUCGGUCUAGCCCCCUCUCGCUAUCCCGCUCACCAUCGGGGUCUCCUCGCCAUUGAUGAAGCAAAAGAUUCAACCUGCUUCAAUAACAUUGUUCGGAAAAUGAUAUUUCAUUCUUUAAUGAAAUGGAUUCACUUGAUUGAAAAGUUCAUACCCGGAUAUCAAUGUCUUUAACUAUCGUGAAUUACUAUAUGAAGCAGUGGAUUGUAUAUGUCACAUACAUUGUUUAACUUCUAGUUUAAAUGAACGCAAUGGAGGCCAUUAUUUAAACUCGACUUGCACUUUCAACACCUAACACAAAUUGUGAAAUUGAAAUUCACAAUUUUCACAAAUUGUUUGCAAAUUGAUAUUCGAAAAAUCCACUUCACUUUGGCAAUGUAUUCAGCUUACGGUUAUGU